AGUAAAAGUGUCCCAGUACGUGUGACAUCUUUGAAGACGGGGGCGGAUGAACCGGAGAUUCACGUCAUGCUGUUUGAUAUGGAGGCGUUGAUCUGCCAUCUUCUCGUGGAGGAAGUGAAAACGCAAAAACUUGGCUUGAACACACGAAAAGCAAACAAAGACCAUUCAAAACAUGUUUCGUUCACCUCGGCAAAUCAAGUCAGUCCAAAUCUAAAGUUCCUGGAGGAGAUUCACGAUGGUGCUCAGCUGCUCGUCUCGUGUUUACACUCUUGGGGACUGGAUCCGGAGAUCGACGAAACCUGUACGAACAGACUCGGGCUUCUCAAACCCAUCAAACCCAUUUCUUUCGGUCUUUUAACCCACCGGAAGCUUAGCCUGAUCGUGCCCGGAUGGUAUUCGAACUCUGAUCCGACCGAUGGUUCUUCUAAGGAAACUGGUCACAAGAAGUUCUUCGAAUCCCGUUGGGAAUUUUGUUCUGCGCUGACAACUCAACAUUCGCUAAGUAUCGUUGCUCUUACAAACACCCUCAUGAGCAUGUCUCAAGUCAGCUUUCUGCCUCGUCACGAGAAACCUUCUAUUCCUCCUCCUCGGCGGAGCGAGGACGCCACGAAGGGUCCCGAAGUCGAGUCGCCGUCACGCGAUGAGGAAGCGAACCUUGCAAUCAGUUCUAUGAUCCGCGCAAACAUCAAAGCGGGCUGGAGUCGACUGGCAACAUUGUACUGCUGUCUUCUACCCGAUAAAUUGGACAUGGCUCAAUAUAGGCCGCCAUUACUUCACGUAUUAGCAAGGAGAUGGCAAGACCGCUGUCUGGAGAUUCGUGAAGCAGCCCAAGCUAUUCUCGUGACCGAGUUGCGGCGAAUAAAUAUGGAAGGCCGAGCUAAAGUUGUGGAAACCUGGGUACAAUAUUUGCCCCAGGAAAUUGAAGGCUCUAGCGUUCUACUGGAAUCCAGCGAUUCCGAUUUUGAAAACUCAGAUUCCAGCGAUGUGUCCGUGGGCGAAGAUGAUUUUUCCGAAGACGUACUCAACGUUCUCGAUGGCGCGAAAAAGCUCUUCCAAUAUGACGCCAGCCGUCGCCAGGCAACCUCGAUCAUAAUGUUGGCCGUGAUUGGUUCCGAGUUCCAGAAAGAUCUCGGGGCGCUGUCGGGGACCAAUAACAAGGGAGAGAAAUCGUCGAACGAUUCGCAGAAGAAAGUCGGGUUUCAAGGUGAAAUGUUGCUUCCCUCUCGGGUCGUGUACCUCACCAGUCGAGCGCUCAUGUUUAUUUUGCUCAAGUCCCAAAGUCAAUCCUCCCGUACGUUAUCCUAUACAUCGAUGCGACGAGCCGCCAUCGACCUGAUAGGCCGUGGUUUCCCCUUGUGGGAGCCUUAUAUGGACGUGUCAGCGGUACUUAUGGCCCUGCUGGAACUCUGUCCUGACAACAGGGGUCACGUGGCUUCGUUCUCCAAAGGAUUGCCUCUCUCCAGUGCUGCGGACUCACAAAGAUCAGCGCGACAUGCACUCACCUUGAUUUCCACUGCCCGUCCGCUGGUCUUCAUAACAACAUUAGCGAAAGAGGUGGCGCGCAGUUCCUCGGCGCAAGCCUCGCUCUCUUUCAAUCAAGCCUCCCCAGCAGCCAUAGCGGUCUACAGCCAUGUUCGUCAUCAGCCCUCGUCCGCGGACGUGCAACACUCGUCCACCCUGCAUCGCUCUAAGAAAGAAAUUCUGCGAGUUCUUGAAUUGAUGAUUGACAAAACACAGCAAGAAGUCAUUAAACUGUUACCAGAGGUAGUACAGAUCAUUGUCCACUGCAUUGAGCCAAAACAACUAAAAGAACGAAGCUUAGAAGAGAUUUUCUCUGCCCUUUUCAAAUUUCACAUGGUCAGUUAUUGUCCCAAUACACGUCGUCUUGCAGUCGGUUCGAAAUCAGGUCAACUCACAAUUUAUGAACUUCGCUCGUCCAAGGAACAGAUCAUUCCAGCACAUUCAUCUGCAAUCACCGCCGUUAGAUUCUCAAAAGACAGCAAAUUACUCGCCACCUAUUCUUACGAAGAAGCAAAAAUUAACUUUUGGCAGACGAGUUCCUCGCUGUUCGGUGUCCUGGGCUCCGGAAUCAAAUGCACUCGUUCCUCGAAUGUUUCGCGUGAGGUGAAAAUCACUCCGGUGAAUCUGAAGCAAACCAAGUUAGUCUGGGUGAGCCAGAAAUCAGUCGUGUUGCUAUUGGCUGACGGCACGCAGCACAAGUUUACGGCUUAGUUUCCCUCGGAAUGACACGCGGUUACUUCAAUGAAUAUCAUUACUGCGGUUUGGAAACGAAUGCAAAGUUAACGGUGACGAAUCAUAACCACAUUGAUGAUUCAACAACAAUUCUUUUCGUGGUAGGUACACAGAGCAGAUUAGAUAACUAACAAUUGAAUUACAGUAAUCAAUUACAUAAGACGAGACUUUUUGCAUGUUUUAUACUUGCUUUGGACUGACACCGCAGAAAUUGGUGUUGGAAGUCAAAUAUCUCAUCAGUUGCUCACAUUUGAAUCCUAGUAUUCAGAAACUGCUGUCAAAGAAAAUACUAUCAAAUAAGUUGAAAACAAGUUCAAUUUUUCUUCCAAUAUCGGUUUUGGAAACUUUUGAAGGCUCUUCGUAUGCAUCUGCCACCGUAAAAUGGCCAUUUUGAGACAUUUUCAGAUGAUUUGUUUUUGCCGUGUGCAAGCUUCAAAUCUUUUGUGCAAGA